GAAGUUUAGCUGAAGAUCAAACCAGGAAGCGCAUGUACGCAUGUACGAGUCCGUCCUGGGGCCCCUCUCAGUACCCUGAUCUCUUUGCCUGUGCCUAAACCACCCACCCACUGGCAGCCUCCAGGCCAGGAAUUGUCCCAGGUGGCUGGCUGUUCUUUGAGUGCCGCGGAAACCGAGUCCAGUAAGGCUGCCGCCCCACGCGCCCGCCCGGUUGCACUGACUCCAGAAAACACAAAUCUGAAGAAACCACUUGGCCUGGGGUUUCUAAAUUGCUAUGAACCAUGGCCCAGCUCUACUACAAGAAGGUCAAUUACUCACCAUACAGAGACCGCAUCCCCCUCCAAAUCGUGAGGGCUGAGACCGAACUCUCUGCUGAAGAGAAGGCCUUCCUUAAUGCUGUGGAAAAGGGGGACUAUGCCACAGUGAAGCAGGCACUACAGGAGGCCGAGAUCUAUUACAAUGUCAACAUCAACUGCAUGGAUCCUUUGGGCAGGAGUGCCCUGCUCAUCGCCAUUGAGAACGAGAACUUGGAGAUCAUGGAGCUCCUGUUAAACCACAGCGUGUACGUGGGCGAUGCGUUACUCUAUGCCAUCCGAAAGGAGGUUGUAGGCGCCGUGGAGCUUCUGCUUAGCUACAGGAAGCCCAGUGGAGAGAAGCAGGUUCCCACUCUGAUGAUGGACACACAGUUUUCUGAGUUCACACCAGAUAUCACUCCCAUCAUGUUAGCUGCCCACACCAACAACUAUGAAAUAAUCAAACUGCUUGUCCAAAAGAGGGUCACUAUCCCUCGGCCCCACCAGAUCCGCUGCAACUGUGUGGAGUGUGUGUCCAGUUCAGAGGUGGACAGCCUGCGUCAUUCAAGGUCCCGACUGAACAUCUACAAGGCUCUGGCAAGCCCCUCACUCAUUGCCUUAUCAAGUGAGGACCCCAUCCUCACUGCCUUCAGGCUGGGUUGGGAACUCAAGGAGCUAAGCAAGGUGGAAAAUGAGUUCAAGGCUGAGUAUGAAGAGCUCUCCCAGCAAUGUAAGCUCUUUGCCAAGGACCUGCUAGACCAAGCUCGAAGCUCCCGAGAGCUGGAGAUCAUCCUCAACCAUCGAGAUGACCACAGUGAAGAACUUGACCCACAGAAGUACCAUGACCUGGCCAAGCUGAAGGUGGCAAUCAAAUAUCACCAGAAAGAGUUUGUCGCUCAGCCAAACUGCCAACAACUGCUUGCCACCCUGUGGUAUGAUGGCUUCCCUGGAUGGCGGAGAAAACACUGGGUAGUCAAGCUUCUGACCUGCAUGACCAUUGGGUUCUUGUUCCCUAUGCUGUCCAUAGCCUAUCUGAUCUCACCCAGAAGCAACCUUGGGUUGUUCAUCAAGAAGCCCUUUAUCAAGUUCAUAUGCCACACAGCAUCCUAUUUGACCUUCCUCUUCAUGCUUCUCCUGGCUUCUCAGCAUAUUGUCCGAACAGACCUCCAUGUACAAGGACCUCCCCCAACUGUUGUGGAAUGGAUGAUAUUGCCCUGGGUUCUAGGUUUCAUUUGGGGGGAGAUAAAGGAGAUGUGGGAUGGAGGAUUUACCGAAUACAUCCACGAUUGGUGGAACUUAAUGGAUUUUGCAAUGAACUCCCUCUACCUGGCAACUAUUUCUUUGAAGAUUGUGGCCUAUGUUAAGUACAACGGUUCUCGUCCAAGGGAAGAAUGGGAAAUGUGGCACCCGACUCUGAUCGCUGAAGCGCUCUUCGCAAUAUCCAACAUUUUAAGUUCCCUGCGUCUCAUAUCCUUGUUCACAGCCAACUCCCACUUAGGACCUCUGCAGAUCUCUCUGGGACGCAUGCUUCUCGAUAUACUCAAGUUCCUCUUUAUCUACUGCCUAGUGCUGCUGGCUUUUGCCAACGGACUCAACCAGCUUUACUUUUACUAUGAGACAAGAGCCAUCGAUGAACCCAACAACUGCAAGGGGAUCCGGUGUGAGAAACAGAACAACGCCUUCUCCACGCUCUUUGAAACCCUGCAGUCACUCUUCUGGUCCGUUUUUGGUCUUUUGAAUCUCUAUGUCACCAAUGUGAAGGCCAGACACGAGUUCACCGAGUUUGUGGGAGCCACCAUGUUUGGGACCUACAAUGUCAUCUCCCUGGUGGUGCUGCUGAACAUGCUCAUUGCCAUGAUGAACAACUCCUACCAGCUGAUUGCCGAUCAUGCUGAUAUCGAGUGGAAGUUUGCAAGAACAAAGCUCUGGAUGAGUUACUUUGAUGAAGGUGGCACUUUGCCACCUCCUUUCAACAUUAUCCCCAGCCCCAAAUCCUUUCUCUAUCUUGGCAACUGGCUCAACAACACCUUCUGUCCCAAAAGAGACCCUGAUGGAAGACGAAGAAGGCACAACCUGAGAAGCUUCACAGAACGCCAUGCUGAUAGCCUGAUACAAAAUCAACAUUAUCAGGAGGUUAUCAGGAAUUUAGUCAAGAGGUAUGUGGCUGCAAUGAUAAGAAACUCCAAAACAAACGAGGGGCUAACAGAAGAAAAUUUUAAGGAACUAAAGCAGGACAUCUCCAGCUUUCGAUACGAAGUCCUUGACCUCUUAGGAAAUAGAAAACAGCCAAGAAGAAGCCUUUCCACCAGCAGUGCUGACCUUUCUCAAAGGGACGACACCCAUGAUGGCAGUGGGGGGGCUCGAGCCAAAUCGAAGAGCGUCUCCUUCAAUUUGGGCUGCAAGAAAAAGUCCUCCCAGGGAGCACCCCUCGUCAGAACCGUGCCAAGAGCCAGCAGUGCUCAAGGAAAGCAGAGGGCCGAGGCAUCAGGCAGACGUCCCUUCAUGGGUCCCUCCUUCAAGAAACUGGGUUUCCUGUUCUCCAAGUUUAAUGGUCAUUCGUCUGAACCUACUUCAGAGCCCAUGUACACGAUCUCUGAUGGGAUCGCCCAGCAGCAUCAUAUGUGGCGGGACGUCAGCUAUCCCGAGAUGGAGACAGGGCAGGCCGAGGCCUGUUCCAGAAGUGCAAUGGACCUCAGUGGGAUAGAGUUGGGUGAGAUCCGGGGUGCUGCUCGGAGCAGCGAGUGCCCUCUGGCCUGCUCCAGCUCUCUCCACUGCGCGUCCAGCAUCUGCUCCUCCAACUCUAAACUCUUGGACUCGUCGGAGGAUGUCUUUGAAACUUGGGGAGAGGCCUGUGACUUGCUCAUGCACAAAUGGGGUGAUGGACAGGAAGAACAAGUCACCACCCGGCUCUAAGUCUACUCCCCGCCAUCUGUUUUGGAAGUCGAGAGAAAAAUGUGCAAUUUUCCUGCUCUUAGAGGUGACCCCGAAAUAGGGUUCCCUCGCUGGCCCUGACCAAGAAGGGAAGCUCCUCUCGUUUUCAGUCUUUUCUAGUCACGUUCUUCGUGUUCUGUUUGACCGUUGUGAUCAUUUGCCUUUUUAUACCUAGACGUACGAAAUACAUCUGGAACCCAGCUGAGGGAGCACUGCCCCUCGUCAGCAGAGGGGCAGUCGGGUGCUCAAGCCCCUUGUCUCGCCCUCCUCACUCCUGCCUCCGUGAAGCUCCAGGUGCCACUCCGCUAUCCCAGCUGCCGCACAGGGUCCUGACCCCACAGAGACGGCCAGCAGGCCCUGCCAGCCAUCAGUUGCUCUUCAGUGC